AUGCUGUCAAACGGCUCUGCUGGCGUCGCUGCUGACGUUGACGUCGCCGCCGGCGUCGCUGGCGACUGUGAUGAGCGAACGCUUUUGCUAAGCGAAGAGAUUGUUGUUGCGCCGCUGCCUGCGUCGACGUUCUCUGCCGGCGUCGCUGCUGCUGCGCCGCCAACGUCGCUGCCUCUGGUGCACACAACAGCAACAACAACAACGCAACAAAACAACAACAAUGUGAACAACAACAAUAAUGGUUCGCUUGUGGUCAGUGCGAAAAACAUGGCUAAUAAUAAAAGUAAUAAGAAUAUCAGCAAAUGCAAAAACAACGAGGCCAGCAGCAGCAGCAACAAUAACAAUGCGGCGGCAGCAGCUGCAGCGCCUACAACAACAACAACGACGACGACAGGAGAAGAACCGGUAACAGUAACAACAACAACAGCAGCUGAUGAUGAGGAUAUAUCCAGCGAUCUGAGCGAUAAAUUCCCACGCCCCCAAAAGAAACCCGGCAAACUGAGCAAAUUGGGCACCAAAAGCGUCGGCCUCAAACGCGUAUCCUUUGGGUCGUCAAAGGGUUCGAUGGUGGAGACACUCGUCUUCGAGACGCCGACGCCGUUGUCGGAGCACAUGGAGUCCACUUUUGGGUUCGAUGCGGCAGCGAAUUCUGCUGCCGAUACCGCCGCUGCCGCCGCUGGUCAGCCGCAGCUGGCGUCGACGCUGGCGUCGCAUCAGCCGCUGGCCGGUGGCUACAGUGGAGACUAUGCCAAGGGGACCAUGGAUGACAGCGGCAUUGAGGUGCAGGAAGAAUCGGAGCGUUCGAUAGUGCGCGUUUCAAUCUACCAAAGCAGCCAGCCGCAGAUAAUCUGUCCACCGGCGGAGUAUCUGGAGUAUCCGGAGUACAACUACAGCAGCAACCUCCUAGACUACACUACGAUGGCCACGACGGCGGCGGGGAUCCCACAGCAGCAGGUGAUUGGCCUGGGUGCGGCCUACGAUCGACAGCAAAGCACCGAUUCCGGCUGGGACAACCCCUUUCGCCCAGGCGGCGAUCUGUCUAGAGAGGCUGAUGAAAUUGUCAACAUGAUCAGAGGUGGCAAGCCCAUCACACCCACAGAGGAGCGUACAAUUGGCAACGGGAGCGCCCAGCAUGCGGACGACAAUUGCAACGGCGGCACGGCGAUCGGCGAGAGUGUAACCAAAUCAAAUCUCUCGCAGAAUCUAGCAACAGCACAAAAUGGUACAAAUUCCCAUGCCUCUGCAACUGCCGACGCUGGCGCCGGAAAAGCAGCGACGGCGACCGAGCUGAGCGGCGGAAACGGGAACGGAAACAAUGGGGUCACCUCGCUGGGACAGGUGUCCAAACAGGUGGUUCCCGGACCGACGUCCGCUAGUCAUGUGGUCAUCGACGAGAAGAAGAACAAGAAGAAGGGCUGCUGUGUCCUUCAAUAAUUUGGGGCAAACAGCGGCGGGGGACGACGCGAUUGAGCGGAUUAGGGGGGGCGGUCAUUUUACGGCUAGCCGUGUUUUUUGAUGUUAAUGUUUUUUUGGACGAAAUGGAGCCGAGCUGUUGAUAUUUUGCAUGCCGCAUAAAUCGCUUUGCUUCGCUUUGCAAGACGACGAGACCCUAAUACUGAGACCGAGACCGAGAUUGAGAUUCUUGCAACACAAUGAUGAACUAGAAGAACAUUAGGAAAACCAAGCUCUCUGACCAGCAGCAACAGCAGAUUAUCAAGAAUGUUGUAGCGGCACCAGCCGGCAGCCACAGUGAGAACCAAAAUGUAUGCAACACCCAGCAGCUGUUGCUCCAGCUUCGAGAAUAACAAAAAAUCCAAAAUUUGAAUUGUAAAUCUGACGACCACACUUAUAUAUGUUUAUAUAUAUAUCUGUUAGUCUGCAGGCGAUGCUACACACUGCAAUUCACCAUUAUUAUAUAUACAUACUCUUUUUUUUUCCUUUUUGUGUAAUGUGGACUCGACCUGCAUAUGUGUAUUAUAAAAAUUAUUGUAUGCAUAUAUGUGAAUUUAUUUUUUUUUUUGUAAUCGUAAAAUUUAGUGCGGCUUUUUUAAAAAAUGAAAAGGAUGUAGGGACGUUUAACAAGUAAAAUCUAAAAGGACAAAAAAUAACGAAAAACGUUUUGCUUGCAUGCAUAAUGGAUACAAAAUCGAAAAAAAAGAAUGCAAAAAAAAAAUUAACAUAAAGAAUAAUGUAUUUAUUUUUAUUUAUAUAAUGACGACGAAGCAGAUGAAAGUAAAUUAAAUGUUAAACCUUAAAACAAAUAUACACAUACACACGUACAUAUACAAAAUACACACACACACACAUACGCAUAUAUAUUAUACGAUAUAUGAGAUGAAAUGAAUGACGCAAUAAAGCAAAACGAGAUGAACCGGAAAUAGUAGAAAAAAAAACUAAUUAAAGAAAUCCCACUUUUCUAAGGCUAAAUAAUGAGUAAUUAUUUUGUAUCAUUAUAUACAUGAGGCAGACAAUUAAAACCGGGUGCGCUGACUUUUGGGGCCCACUGUAGCGGCUGAUCAAAGGCAAGCGGUGCUGAAGAAAGACGGCGAAAAUGGUAGAAAAGGUCUUAGUGCUUUGAGGAGAAUAUAUAUAUAUAUACAUAUAUAUAGAUAGAAAGAAAGGCUUUGAAGAAACCGAAAUCCCAAGACAAAAGCUUAGAAAUGAGGCCAGAAAAAGUAUAUAAAAAAGGAAGAACCACCGUUUUUCAGCUUAGUUAAGCACAAUACAAACCCUCACAAAACAACCAACCAACCACCCAACCACCCAUUUUUCCAACCCCUUUCACUCAGUAUUUUUCUCAGUUUGAACGCAAAUCAAAAGCAAAAACAAAAGUGAAGGCAAACAAAUAUGCAGAAGUAAUAUGCAGGUAAAUCGAGCAAAGCGAGGUACAAGAAAGUUUACACAGAGAGAAAAAGCAGCAACCAAAUAGCUAAAGAAUGUAAUGAGAACACCGAAAUGGACAGCCACACCCACUCACACACUCUCAAACACACUGACACUGACACACCAACACCACCACCCACACACCUACAGCCUAAGCAUCAAUAUGCUGCAUUUGAUAAACGUAAUGAAAAACAAAAAAUAAAUUAAAUAUAUAUAUAUAUAUAUAUACACACACACACA